AUGGAGCUGCCGCCUGGCAGGCGGCUCACGCCGGCCGCUGCCCCGAACGCCCUCCCCGCUGCCGCCCUGGGCUCCAGCAGCCAGCGGCCGGGGAGCGAGGGCAGCCUGGCACCUGCGCUGUGCCGUCUGGCAGCAAAGGCCGAGCUGCGGGAGCUGCCCAGCAGGGACCUGCAGGAGGGAUCUUUCUGGGAGGACCAGGGUCCCCUAGAGGCAGCUUUGUCCCCUGAGAAAGCCGAGGGCUGAGACAGCACAGGACAGACCUUCAGCGAGCUUGGUGGGGGGAGGGCAGCCAGCCGGGAGGGCCCAGGAGCGCUGGGCAAGAAGCACCUGAACCUCAAUGCCGUCCCGUGUGCCCUGCAGGCGCUCCAGGAGGAAGACAACCGUCAGGAGUGGACGUUCACUUUCUACGGCUUCGGCUUCGACAACAGUGGCAAGGCCACCAGGGAGGACAUGUCCAGCCUGAUGCACACCCUCUAGGAAGCCGCCGAUGCCUCCAUUGGCCACUCCUCUGGCAGCAGCAAGACCUUUCAUAAGCUGACCAUCAGCCCCAAGUCUUCCAGCAAGAGAAAGGACAAUCCUCCCACAGGCCGAGCUCCCUGCACCGGCAGCGCCUCAUCCCUGCCCAGGGCAAACCAUCUGUUCAGUAAACAAAUGAAUGAGCGAACCGGAGCGCACUCACUGCAGGACGGCGGGCGAGCGCUCCGGAGACCCCACGGGGCCAGCAAGGCUGCCCGCACGCGUCAGGCUCUAACCGGAGGACCCUGGGGCCCCCGUGAGUUCUGCACGGAGCUCGCAGCGGUGCUGGCGGGGCCCCAGGGCUGGCUGGGGGGCUGGCUGGGGUCCUGGCUGUCGUCGGGGGCCUUGCUCCCGUUCCCCUCUGGGGCGGCGGGUGCCGGACAGAGCCCUCUGCCCAGGAUCCGGAGACCACCUGCCAGAGGCGCCCCUCCAUCUCCGAGGGCCUGCUCUGGGCCCGUGCGGCAGCGAGCGCUCAGGCCCUCAUCCCCACGGUACACGCAGGAGGCUGGGCGCCAACCCCCACCCCUGCUGCGCUCAGGGCCCGCCCUGCAUGGACGGAGGAACCACUACUUGGACCUGGUAGGGACUGGAGACCAGGGCCCAGCGUGUGGGGCCGCGUGUGUGGACGCCUCGGGAGCAGGAGCCCCCUCCCCGCAAGGGUCCCGGAGCCCCUGCAACGAAGCACACUGCAGCCCUGCACCCAAAUGGUCCUCGCUGGCACAGGCCAAGCAGGACCAUCAAGGCGAGGCCGUGCACUCCCAGAGCAGGUCCCACUCGCGGGAGUGGGAGGCACACAUGGUGUCCCGCAGAUCUCAGCCGCUGGCCGACCUCCCCCUGCUGGCUGCAGACCCCACCGUCAGGGCCCUGGACAUGCAGCCUCUGAGGUCCCCCAAGGGCUCAGGGAGGCCCCCGGGGGUGCCCAACGGAUGCAAGCCUGGGAGAGCCUUCAGCUCCCACUGGCCCAGGGAGGUGGGCCCUGGCCCCGCCCCCCAGGAUGGCCAGCCCCCACCGCAGCCCCCCUACGGCCAUAGGCGCCACUGGCAGAGGAACGUGGAGGACCACCUGCCCCCCAGGGUGGCACUGGAGCACGAGGCGGUGCGGGACCUGCCGCCCCUGCUGGUGGGGGAGGGCUGUGCGGUGCCCGUGGUCCAGCGCCAUGGCCACCACCACCCAUCCUAG